AUGGUCGUCCACUAUAACCCGCUCACCAAAGAGCCCUAUCUCCAACUCCCAGCACCAUGUGCAAACAUCAUCAUGACCCCACACCGUGAACACCAGAUCGAGGAGGUAUCUGCUGCAAUGACCGAAUUUCUCAAUGAUUCACGGGUGUACUCCUGGCUGCAAGGGCCACCCUACCCGUUUCUGCCGGAGCACGGUGUGGAAUGGGUCAAAAUGAAAAUAGCAGAGCAGGAGGAAGUCGUGUCUACUCUGCAAAAAGAAUUCGAAACACCGAAAAGUCAGCAGGGCGACAGUCUAAAUAUCCAAGAGGAACCAGUGUUCUUUGAUAAAUUCCCCUUCCUUUGCAUACGCGAAGUAACAGAAAGAGAUCCUGCGACCGGCGCUCCGCUUCAAGAUGUCUGGAUUGGAGAUUUUAAUCUCACGCGGUAUGCUUUCUAUGAGUUGCAACCCAAUAGCCCGGAGCUUGCGCUGGCACAGAAGCAAAAUAAAGAUUUGCCUGCAGGGCACAAGGAUAUCGUCUGGGAUUAUCUUUCUCCUACUCAACAAAGCCGAGGAGUUAUGAGUGCUGCUGUUCGAACUGUCGUUCAAGAUUGGGCUAUCCCUCGGAUGAACCUUCAUCAUCUUAAAAGCAGCUAUUUUGUUGGGAAUACAGGGAGCUCGAGGGUACUUGAGAAGAACAACUUUGAGGAGAUUGGUACAUUCAAAGACUGGGCUCCAGCAAGCCCAGCGAAGGGACUAGGCCCGAUGUCGAUUGUUGUGAUGGAGUGGAAAGGACUUUUAUAG